AUGUCCCGUUGCAGAAAACCCAUUAUACUUGCCGCAGAGGGGUUUACCUAUUUCGCUCUGUCACUGAUAGAUGCGCUGGUCCAUAUCAUCCCUAAGGUUGGCGAUUCGCUGCAGAUUUUCAGACCAUUGGACAUUUUCAUCGGUACUGCGUCCUUUGUUCCUCUUCUCCUCUACACACUCUUCCUCCUUCUCUACACCAAUUCGGAACUCUUCCUGAUUAUUUCUGCACAAUUCCGAGCGAUCGUGAUGUAUUCCCUUCUAUUUGUUAUACCCGUGAUCAUUGCAUUGAACGGACUGGCAUCUUUCUUUGGCAUUUCCUAUCCUCCUUCAGGAACGUUUGGAGUCCAGCACAUGGUCGCGGUUGGGUUCACGAACAACAGUGCUCACACGGUUUUCGACAUCGUUACCCUGGCGCUUCUGGUCCUGUAUCAGGGCAUCCAUCUCUGUGUUGCCUUACACCGGCUAAAUAAAGCAUUCCGCCAACGUCGCAGCGAGGCCACGCCGGACGGAAUUCAGGUGAAGACCCAUCUUUUCCACGGUCUCUUGUGGAUUAUAGCAGGCUUCCUGCUUGGUACGGUGGAAGUUCUGGUUGGAUUCGCAUCUGGAGGUUACGCAGUUGUCCUCACUAGGCGAAUCCUCCGACUCCUCGGUAGAGCGUGUUUGAUCAUCGGUGUUAUCAACGGUGUCGACCGAGUGGAGGACUUCCACAUUUUCCGAUCUGCAGAUGUUCAAUCGCGCCGCAGGUCCACGUUGCGUACCCUCAUCUCUAACCCUCGGAAUAGCACAUUUGUGCACCUCAGCGGUCAUGCCUUUGACCCAGAGGCUGCGCCUGGGUCUCCGACUCCCACCCAAAUGGUAGAGGCGAAAGUCUUCGCAUUUCAUGUGCCAGGCGAGAAAACCGCACGAUCAUCAUGGCUUCGCCCAAAUCGUGCCUCGGUGCAUUCGCGACCCCCGUCCUCAGCCCCUUUCCUGCAGAGAACUAUCAACUUAGACAGACCCGCCAGAGCCGCUCUGCGCCCUCGCUUUACUGAUAUUGAUGAACGGCGCCAAAAGCGCGUCACUGUGCACUACACCACGGACGACACUCCCGUUCUCCAGUUGCGCCGCUUCUCCUCCCUGAGCCUCCACAAGGCGCUCCUGAAUACCGAGUCAUUCCGCGAGCAUACGCUGCCCCGCAGUAAAUCCCUUCCACCGGACUUCGAGGGCCUAAAGAGCCUUACCAGCCCCGUAGCGCCCGUUCCUCCACUAACCUUCGAAGCAGAAGCAAUCCCUGACAGCCCGCCUGCGACCGCUACCACAGUGUCCACUAUAGAACCCGCGGUCAUUGUGACAGCUAAGCGUGCGUACUCUGCACGGAGUCGCCAAACGAUCGCGGGCGGACACUACCUGAUGGAGCAGGAACGAGACAGUUGUGGGUCCGACUCGAUGGAAGCUGUUCAUGCUCUCGCGGUGCAGUUCCCUUGCACCCCGCCGCGUACCGCUACACAGCACCCGAAUGAAGAGCUGAACUAUCAGGUUCCCCUCUGGCGCGCAGCUUAUGAGAGAAAUCCGAAUUUCUCUGCCACGGGCAAGAUUAGAGGACGCGUCACUCCCGAUCCGGGUGUGGAAAUGUUGACCGUAACAGACGAUGGUGCAACCAGUAUUCCAAUCUCGAGGCAGUCAAGCACGCACCCCACGUCGCGAUGCUGGCGCAGCACACUUCGGCAGGAUUUGCUCGAGCAGCGCAUGCUCCGGCGAGCCUCGAUUGAGAAUGCCCUGAUUGUUGACACAGUCUUGCAGGGUGAGACGAUGGAUCCAGAGUCGCUAGAAGCCUCGUUGCCCACCCCCAUGUCUAUGAACGCUGUUCCGCUGUCCGGAACACCAUCCCAGAGUUACGCGGAUACUGGGCUAAGGACAGCGAAGACACUGAGCGCUGAUACCACUGGAGCGAUCACGUCGAGCUCCAUCGCUAGCGACGAGGCGGAAUUGCCUGGGGGAACAGCGAUGAGAAUCAAGAGCGUUGGGAACGUGCCGAGGAGGAUGACACCGGACCCGUAUGUGGCUUUCACGCGUGAGAGCAUCGCUGUUGAGGUGGACAUCACGUCUGCGGAGAGACAAAGAGGAGCGAAUGCUGUUGUGGACCCCUACACACCUACACCCAUCAAAGUCAGGAGGAAGUUGCACAGACAGAGCAAGGUGGGCGAGAAACAGCACGAGAGGCUAGGUGUCGCCAGGUGGGUGUCUUGA